AUUUCUUGAAGAAGCCCCAGGCCUUCCCUUUCCUGCUCUCGGGGCUUCUUUUGCUGACAUGGGUCUUCCUCAAAUUGCAGCCAUCUUCUCCUUCUCAUGGUUUUCUGAGAACCCAUGAGAAAUGGAGCCAAGACGAUGAUCCUUAAGGCUAAUCUUGUUAGAUUCAAAGCUGGGUUCCCUUCUUCCAUUACCAAGGACAAGCGUGGGUGGUUGCUUAAUCCCAUAACUCUUGCACUUAACUCUGGUGUUAAAGGUUCAUAUCUAUCUCUGUGCUUCUCAUUUUUGGAAAACCAUCAGAUAGCUGAUCAAGGUUAUGCUGAAGCAAUAAUUGAUCAGGAUGAGGUUGCUGUUGCAGCUAGUAUCAGAGGAACAGCACCUGCUCUAGUAAAUAUUGAUAUGCUUGAGAGUACAUUCUUUAUUGGAUGCCAAGAUAUGACAAUUAACCAUAACAGUUCAAGUACUGAUUUCAAUGCCUGGAAGGAUCUUUAGGUGUCACUUCUUGAUCUAUAUGCCCCAACCUGCCUUUUACAACUUCAAAUCAAAAUCAUGUUAAUUAUUCUGUUAUUGAUUGUAAUACUAAAGAUUACAAGAUCAGACAUGCAAUUUAUGUGCAAUCAAAAUUUUUUGAUUUAAUUAUCAGUGUCCAUUCAUUCAUUCAUUAUUUGUUUAUUUGUAAGUUUCUUUCUCAGAGUUUUUUGACAAGUACACAACAUGUAUCGUGUUUAUAGUGUAACGGAAGAAACUGAUGGAAUGGAUCACUUUGAUUAUUUUCAAUCUACCAAUGUGAUUUUCUAGACCAUCUUGAAAUUUUGUUGUGUAUAGUACUAGUUGUUUAUAGUACUAGCUGUUUGGACGUUGAAUGACUUAGCUUUUAUCGGCUCAUCUUGUUUAUUUUCAUGUCUAAGCGUUCCUUGACUUGUACUUGAUAUAAAUGAAGUGCUUUAUU